GCCAACAGCCCGCUGUUCCUCCUCCUCCUUCGCCUGUUGCUUGCUGCUCGUCUUCCGCCUUCACUUCUGCUCCACUCUUUCGCACCUUCAUCGCAUCACCCGUCUCUGCAUCCCUGUUUGCUUGCCCCCUCCUUCUUUCCAGUGGACUCUGCAAUCCUUGUCCCAGGGCUUUUUUCAUUUCUACGUCUUCUUUGCUCAACUCCUCCAAGAUGCGCGCCUCCUUGAGACCCAGCGAUCCUGCUGCGUCGCCUGCAGUUGAGCGCGUGAAUGCAGAGCUUUUCACAUUGACAUACGGAGCCAUUGUGCGUCAACUCCUCACUGACUAUGAAGAGAUUGAUGAGGUUAACAAGCAGCUUGACACCAUGGGCUACAACAUCGGUGCUCGUCUUGUAGAUGAUUUCUUGGCGAAAGCGAACAUCACAAAGUGUACAGACUUCAGAGAGACUGCAGAUGUCAUUGCUAAGGUGGGGUUCAAGAUGUUUUUGAAUGUUACUGCCACGGUGGCCAAUUGGAGUUCAGACAACAUGGAGUGCAGCCUGAUUUUGGACGACAACCCUCUUGUGGACUUUGUUGAGCUGCCUGAAACUUGCCAGGGUUUAAGCUACUGCAACAUUUUGUGCGGGGUGCUGCGUGGGGCCUUAGAGAUGGUAUCAAUGCGUACGGAAGUGAAAUUUGUGAAGGACAUGUUGCGUGGAGACGAUGCGUUUGAGAUCCGAUUGAAGCUCCUUGAGCAUGUACCGGAAGAGUAUCCUUACAAGAAUGACGAGUAGUUUACCAUUGAUGGGUUUAGCUUAGAUGUUCCUAUUAUGUAGUCAGCCUUGUGUGUCAACGCCUUGUAGUUAAGGAUUCCAACGACAUAGCUACAAUAACACUUUUCAAAUUAUAUGAUUAUUACAAUUACUUUUUCGAUUAACCCACUAAGCUAAUUUUUGGAAUUGCUGAAAA